AUGCCACGUAAAGACUUCCUAAGAGAUAUUGCAGAGGCUGCGGUUCCUGGUCGCUUCUCCCGCAUUGUCAAUGUCACAGCAGGCGAAUGCGAUGGAUCGAUUUCCUUUACCCUUACAGCACCGGGGCUGGACCGCGCACUUGAUUUCCAGGCUAUAGUGACGGAUUGUCAAGAUUAUCCUAAGUAUCACAGCUUUUUGGUCUUCUCGUCAUCCGAGGAUUGUCCUCAGACAGUCACCGCUGCCUUGGAAAACGAAGUCCCCAUGUUGUCUGGCUCAACUAUCCAUACAUUGUUGGCAACCAUUGAAGACGUUAUUACCCACUCUACAACUGAUCCUGGUCUGGCAUCGAAUGCCUCUGAUUCUGAUCACCCAAACCCCUCAGAGGAGGACUUCGACGAUGAUGAGUCCAUGGCUGAUUACGAGCCAGACUGGGAGUCUGAUAAUGGAGACACCAAAUUCUCAUCUGACCGCAAUCUAACCGAGCUAAAGGAGAAGAUCCGCCGUGAUCUUCGUGUGGUCAAAGAUGCAGGGUUCAAAGUGGGAUACUUGGGCGAAAAAUUUGACAGCAUCAUUGUGUCUGUGUCUUGUCGGAUCUCCAAGCUUGGUAUUUCCAAAGAAGCUAUGCGUGCCUGGGGCGUUGAACCAACAGAGUAUUUGGUUUUGCUGAUGCGAUAUCAUCCGAACUAUCUAGACCUUCGAACAAUGCUCGAGGUAACCAACGAUUCGAAGAGUCCCUUGCUUCAGAUGCAUGUUGGUCUUUGCGACUCGUACAAGCCAUCUUUCCGACAUGCUAUCGAGGCCCUAGUGGACCCACUGGGCCUAAAAUCAAGUGGGGAAGCUACGUCUUCAGAUAACACAAUGUGUGGUCAGAUCCUGAAACCACUGUUCAUUGGAAGAUCCCUUAAUUCACUUCUCAACAAGCGGCUGCUUGGAAUUAUCAAGCUUCGACUAAGAUAUGCCUUUUCAUGGACGGCAGCAGAGCUCUUCUUCCACACUAAUCAAGGCAAGGUCUUCAGCGUAUCAGAUGCCACGUCUGAGGAGUAUAGUCAACGAGACGUGUGGGCCACUUCAACCCCAGCACUUCUUGCAGCUGACCAUGUGGCUGAACGUGAUCACGAUACUUCUCAAAUGUCCUUACCCCUUGCUGCUAUGCAGUUUACUCUCCGGCACUUUACCAAGUGUACCGAGUUUUGCCUUGUUUGUCACUGUAAAACCGGUGACACGUUCGAGGCCCUGAAGCCAUAUGUCUGUUCCAACGAGCUGUGUUUAUACCAAUACUUGGCACUAGACAUGGGCACAAGCCUUGAACACGAGAUCAGCUCACAGCCGUCCGUUGUAAAUUUACUGAUUAGUCUCGCAUACGCCAGAGCUGAGUCGGGGCGUCUGACAGACUUUCCGACUGGCCUUCGGCUUCGGGUCCCCGCGAAAAUGCUGAGUCGAACAGAUGGACAGCCCGCCGACUGUCAUACCGGGCUAUUGACGGAGGAUCUCCUGCUGAGUUCGCAAUGUUUGCCAGAUUCAGUCAGAGCUGGAGACUGGAUUGUCAUCAUUGGUGCAUAUAACGAUCGGGACUGGCACUGUCGUGUUAAACAAAUCAUCGACUCCAAUCAGUGGCGUAUCUCACAGCCAGUCAUGGGAGGUCAUCAAGUGAUAAUCCAGCAUCUCCAGAAUCCUCAGUUUAAAUGCCCCACGAUAGUGAAUUUUGUUGUCUACGACACCAACAUGGAUGACUUGGAUUCUGCACAGAAACAGAAGAUAAUCUCUACUCUGUUAAGCGAGCUUCCUAGUCUGGAUAACAUGUUAAUGUUCAUCCAAAGCCACACAAUGGUCAAGGCCCUUUCUUCAUGGGAAGACAUGAUCUCCCCUGCCGGGUUGAACCUUUUACGCUGGAUUGUGGCCUCAAACCGAUCGUUUAUCCAGCGUGGCGAUCUUGAGCCACAGCAUCAGGUGACUGGGAUGGGCAAGUAUAUCGAAUUUCGGCUGGUUCAAGGUGCAGCCGACAAAGAGCAGCGUUUUCUCAACGCUGUCAAUUCGAUCUCCGCGGCUCAAGAUCCUCCACCGGAUCAUCCUACGCUUUUUGCCUGGCAUGGAAGCCCUGUGCACAGUUGGCACAGUAUUCUGCGUGAGGGCCUUCAUUUCAAAUUCAUGACUAACGGCCGUGCUUAUGGAAAUGGUAUUUACUUGUCGAACAACUUCGCCACCUCGUUAGGGUACACUGCAGUGCUGACAGCUUCCAAGUUGAUAUGGCCCGAGAACCGGAUGAAGAUCUCCACCAUGGUUUCUCUAAAUGAGAUUGUUAAUGCUCCCCGCCGAUUUGUGAACUGUAUACCACACUACGUCGUGCAACACUUGGACUGGAUCCAACCAAGAUAUCUCUUCGUUGAACUCCAAACCACCGAAAAUCAGAACAACACCUGGGCCAAUCUUAUGGCAGCACACCGGGCAGUGCCGAACCAUCAAAGUGUCGCGGUGAACCCGCGGUCAUCUUCCGAGGACAGUGAUAUUGUUUACUACAAGCAGGACCAACGCUUCCCAGUCUUUGGGCCUGAGAAUACACCAAUCGAGAUUCCUAUCCCAGUAUUCAAGCGCAAAAAAGCAGACUAUCUGCGUAAUGCCGCACAACAAAAUGCUGCCGGUGUUGCGCUGCCACCGGAAAGUUCCAGCACAAACCGCAAAUACUCAGAUGAAGACGAGGAUACUAAUUCCAGCAUCAUGACAACCGCUGAUGAUCUCGAUAUUCUUCUAUCUGACUCUGACGAUGAAAUACCCGACAGCCCCAUGCAGACAGAAAGCAUCCCGGAUAAUGAGCCCAAGACCGAUUUCGAGCCUGGAACUCUGUCAAGAGACAUACUGCCCGUCCUCGAUCCACCGCAGUACGCAACAACCACAGCCACAAAGCUCCUACAGCAACAUCUCAACGCCACAAUCAAAACCCAGAACAAAGUACCCCUCCACGAGCUCGGCUGGUACGUGGAUCCAAACCUGAUUACCACAGUCUACCAAUGGAUCGUCGAGCUGCACUCUUUCGAUCCAGAUCUCCCCCUAGCAAAAGACCUCAAAUCCAUCAACCUGAAAAGCAUCGUGCUAGAACUCCGCUUCCCACCACAAUUCCCCAUAGACCCGCCAUUCUUCCGCGUCAUCCGCCCCCGUUUCCUUCAAUUCGCUGCUGGUGGUGGUGGCCAUGUCACUGUCGGUGGCGCUAUGUGUAUGGAACUACUUACCCACUCGGGUUGGCUGCCGACGGCGUCUAUUGAGAGUGUUUUGCUGCAGGUUCGGCUGGCUAUUACUAGCACUGAUCCUAGGCCGGCGCGUCUGGAGAGGGUGUCUAUGUCUACUAGGAAGGAUUAUUCGGUUGCUGAGGCGGUCGAGGAUUAUCGGAGAGUGGCUAUUGUGCAUGGGUGGCAGAUUUCGAAUGAUCUUCAGAAACUUGCUUGGUGA